GUUAGGGUGGGCCAGACCCUCUUACGGGCGUCCUGGGAAAGGAUCAAGGAGAUGGAAGCGGCAAAGCAGAACCUGCUGGCAAAGGGUGGUACCCUCGGGGAUUGGACAGGCCUCAUUAGUAAUGGGCUGCAGCCGGAGGACCUAGCUUGUGUCGACGCGGCAACACAUCCUGGCAAUGUGCUGGAUUACGCCCGGCGGGUGAUGAACCGUGACGGCAUCAUGGAGUAUGAGUGCUAUGACGCCAGGGGGCGACCGCAGGGAAAGGCCAUUAUAAGGCUUCUGGACUGGGACGACUACGCCCUGGGGACUCUGAAAGGGGUCCAUCUGAAUGCGUCCGAUCCCUACUAUGACUGGUAUGCUCGACAUGAGUUGAAGGAUGACCGAGGGAUCUACCACCUGUGUGGGUCAAAGAGGGCCCAGUGCACAGCUCACUUAGGCAGAGGCGACAGGCGGGAGAUGGUGCAUUUGGAGCGGUGGCGCAUGACUAACCCCAUGGUCAUGAUGGAACACGAGUACUCCAGAGACGUGGCGCUUAUGGCGGUGAACAACUGGGUGAACAACUUUGCUGCCAAGGUGCCGGAGCCACCGAAUCCCCCGGGGCCCCCUGGUGGGGCUAGGGGGGUUGAUCCAACGGGUUUGGACAAAGCAUUGGCCGCAGCAGGUGAGGUUGAGGAGGAGGAUCAAGCUGACAAGAGGAGGAAAGCCGAGAGAACCCAAGUUGAAGUACAUCCGAAAGGCUCAGUGGGGAUGAUGCUGGAGAAGAAGGCCGCUGAGAGGAGAGCAGCUCUGGCUGAAAAGGAGAGGCAAGAUCAUAGAAGACGUCCUGAAGGGGGACGAAGCCGGAGCAGAGGACGGCGCAGACGGAGGCGCAAGAGGUCUUCGAGCCCUGGGGAAAAGAGACCAGAGAGGUCUGGCUCAUCAGGGUCGUCACAGAGUUUUCGAGAGCCCUCUACCCGGCGGGAGGUCGAGAUGUGGCGGCUGAGUCGAAGAAACCCCGGGUCCCUUCUGAAGAAGGGGAUGGAGGAGAUGUCGCGCUAUUUAGCAGAGAGGGCACCCGGCGAAGAAGGCGGCACCGGCGCAUGGAUGGAUCACCGAAUGAUGGCUUACAUAAGUCAGGUGGUCCUGACCCAGCACCCCCCGGGGGCCAUCGGGGUCCGAAACCACAGGGAGCUUCUGACCCUGGGUCGGGCCAUAGACAUGCUCAUCCAGGGGCAGCUGGGAGAGUUGGGCGACCUCCUCAUGCAGAGGCUGAAGGCGGUGGAAACGUCGCUGGUGGAUCAGGGGUGGCACUCAGCCAGGCAUCAGGAGCUCAUUCCUCCCCAUGCAGCCAGCCUGACAACGGAAGCCGAGAGGCGUCGGACAGCUCGUUUGGAGAUCUCGGCAAACAAGUUGAAGGAGCUGACACUGAAGGGGAGGGUGGUCUUCAACGAGAACCCUCUGGUGAUAGGAGAAGGAAGCAUGGUGGAGAAGGAGAACCCGAAGAGCGAGGCGAAGGGCAAAGGAAAAGGAAAGUGGAGGACGAGGCCGUUCAAGAAGGGCGGAAAAGGAAAGAAGGGGGGAGGAAAAGGAGGAGGAAAGGACUCGAGACCCAAGGAGAGCUUCGAGACGGUGAACCCUGAGAAGGAGGCCGAAUCGAGUCUGGAGAUGUUCAAGCGGUGGCUGGAGUCGGAAGAGACAGGAGGACUGAGUGUGGCACAGACAGGGGCACUACUGGCUCUCAGCGUGUGGCGCAGCGGAACGCCGUUGGGGAGCUACUUGCAUCAGGUUUUGGAGCCCGGGCCAGACGACGGUGUUGCAGGAAGGCGACUCGCUGGAAGCUGGGGGGCCAAGAAGCAGAACAAGGAGAAGGCAGCAAAGCAAAUCCGACGGACUGGAAUGCUGCUGUGGCACGGGCUGGUUGUGACUGGCAUCAAUGCGCUCUGGACAGGAGGUGGAAAUUCAGGAAAGGUCCACCGAGGUGAAACUUCCAAGGUUCAGCAAGCAGCCCUAGAUAGGAUAUGGGAAGUUGUCCGAGACUUUGUGGACGACCGGUCGGAGACUCAAGAAAAAGUCCCCAGGUCACCUACCUUGGGUGAGUGGGGAAAGAAGUUGGGUGACGUCCGGAUUUCCUAUCAGGGCGAGGUGGUUGAAAAAGCCCACCAAUUGACCUUGGCGCAGAUCCUGCCGGGGCUCCCUCCUCCAGGCUUUGGAGGUAGUGUCCCUCUGGUGGAACUUUGCGAUGGUGAGCUGAAAGAAAAGCUCAUGAACCCGGAUGGCAACGUGCUGAUGGAAGAAGAAAUGCCGGAGGACCUCCCGAGGCCUAAGGUACAUGCCAGUCCUGAGCAAUGGCAACUGAUUGCAAAAGAGCUCUACGACCGUGGCUUGGUGGAGCCCGUUGAGAGUCCUUUAGAAGUUAAAGGCAAAGCUCUUUGCAACGGUGCCUUCGGUGUGGUCAAACCAGGCAAAUUCUUGGAGGAUGAGCGUCCGAUCCUCCGACUCAUAAUGGACUUCCGAGCGGUCAAUGCUGCGACUCGGAUCCUAGAAGGAGACGUUCGAAAGCUGACUGGGGCCCCGGCCUUGCAACAUAUUGUUCUCCCGAACAGCAGCGUCUUGAGAGUUUCGGCAGAAGAUCUGGUUGCUGCGUUCUACUUGUUUGCAUUGCCGCCAGGGUGGUCGAAGAUGAUGUGUUUUGGUGAGAAAGUACCCUGGACAGCGAUGGGCAUCAGCCGGCCAGGUUCAGUAUACCUGGGGGCUAGGGUGUUGCCCAUGGGCUGGGCCUCAGCAGUGGGUGUCCUUCAACAUGCUCACCGAAGGUUGGCCCUCAGGUCGCCGCUGUCAGGUGGAGCUGGCCUGCUGGGGGCAUGUGAAAUCAGACGGGACGCAGAGUUCCCGGAUCUGGAGCUGGAGCGAUCGAUGUGGUCGCUUUAUUUGGAUGAUACAACACUGGUGGAGGUUUUGGACAAUCGUGUGGCGAAGGAGCUGGAAGGAAAGCCCUCGGCUGAGCAAGAGCGGCUGAGAAGGGCUUACCAGCACUGGGGAAUCCCGGUGUCCAAGGAGAAGGCGUUGGUGAGGAAUGAAGCGGCCGAAAAGCUUGGGGCCGUGGUUGAUGGAGAGAAGGGGAUCUUGAAGGGGUCCACAAAACGGGCACUGGAAAGCCUUUCCCUGGGGUUCUGGCUGUUGCGCCAGGAGCGUGUACCCAGGAAAGCCCUCCAGGUCUUCUUAGGAAAAGAGGUGCACACGAUGCAGUUCAGACGGCCUCUCUUUGGGGUGUUUGACUACCUCUGGAAGGAUGUGGCCCAGGGCUCCCCGAUGGUGGAGCUAGGGCUGAAGUCGGUAGAGGAAGUGCUGCUGAGUGGAGUGCUGCAGCCUCUGAGGAGAACGGACCUGAGGGCAAGGCUACAUGAGCUGGUGACCGCCUCAGAUGCCAGUGAAACUGGAGGAGGAAUGGUGUAUGGGCACAAACUGUCCCAGCAGGGAUUAAAAGAGGUGCUGGCCAUUGAAGAAGGCUUGGACGCGCCCCCAGUAGAGGAGGUCAAUGUGGAUGGACCGCAAGUGGUCCUGGCAAUUGAUUUCUUUGCUGGGAUAGGUGGUUUAUCUCGUGCCCUACAGCUGGCUGAUGUGGAGGUGGCACACCUGUUGGUGGUUGAAAAUGACCCUGAUUGCCGGCGGCUAAAUGCAGUCAGGUGGCCGGGGUGCGAGAUGAUGAGCGACAUCCAGAAGAUCACGAAGAAGGAACUGGAGAAGGUGAUCAGAGGAGUUUGGAAUGUGAACUUCCUUGAGAAUGUGGUUGGUGAUGAUGCGGAUGUCGAGGAGAUGUCAGAGGAGCUGGGAGCGCCACCCCUUCGAGUGUGCUCCAGCGGGUUGUCUCGUGUGCGGAGGCCCCGACUGUACUGGAGCAAUGCCGACUUGGAGGACCAUGGGAGUUUCACCAGAGCGCACUAUGCUCUCUGGGACGAGCUCUGCUUCGAGGAGCAGUUGGAACCUAUGGAGCUCUUCUGUGAUGAGGGAUGGCUGUGGGCAGCUGGAGAUCAGGAUGAGGAGAAGAGGCUGCCUACUUUCACAAGGGCCAUUCCUCGAACCAGGCCCCCCGUGUGCCCGGCAGGCAUUGAGCAUUGCAACGAGGCCACCUUGAGGAGGUGGAAGGAGGACAAAAUGAAGUACCCGCCGUACACCUACAAGGAAGAAUUCUUGUUUGAGUCAAAGAAGGACCCAAGCAAGAAGAGGGUCGCCUCAGCCAGUGAAAGAGAAAGGUUGAUGGGAUACCCGACAGGGUACACGCUGGGGCUGUUCAAAAAGGAGCCAGGGUCCAAUUUUGAAGUGGCGCAGCAGGAGGUAGCACGGUGCGCUGCCCUGGGCAACAGCUUCCACGCUGUGACAGUGGCCUGCCUCAUCGACCUGUGGCUGUGGACGGCUGGGGUCCGCACGGAUCCAUUGGGGGCCAAGGUCAUUGUGGAACGAUGGCAUAAGGAAAUUAAUGAAAAGGCAUUCAGCGAUUUUGGAGGGCUGCUCUUGAAAGAAAAGGAACCAGUGAGCGUGGACCUGCAAGAACUUGAAGGGGAAGAAAAGGUUAUGAACCAAGACGGGGAGCCACGCAACGCGGAAUGGCUGCGUAUGUGUGGCCAGAGCCACGCGAAGGAUGGUCCAGACCCACUAAGUGUGAGGUUGAUCCAUCAGUACCUUCGAAGAUGUGAGUUUCGAGGGUCAGACAUUCGCCUGGAUCUAGGUGUGGUUUUUCGUCCAGAUGCUGUCAAGAGGACGAGCAUUGACCCGCGGAGGUGGCUCUGGAGAACGGCCCAAGCGUAUCGCUGGGGUAAGAAGGAGCACAUCAACCUUUUGGAGCUUCGAGCAGUGCUGCGGACGCUUGAAUGGAGAAGCCGUAGCGCAGCGUUUCACAGCUGCCGUUUUAUGCAUCUGUCGGACUCGCAGAUCGUCCUGGCGGUGUUGACUAAGGGCAGGUCGUCGUCCCGUCGAAUCAAUCGUUUGCUGAGAAAAGUAGCAGAGAGGAAGAAAGAGAGGCAAAAGAUUGGACGGCUGGGAGACCAAAAGAUUUCACCUUGCACGCGAGAGCGAUACCACCACUCUCUCAAGGAAGCAAGACAAUUUGUAGAAAUUCUUUGGGAGGAUGGAGAGUCCCGUUCCCAAGGUAGCUAUGCUAUAGCUGCCAUCCAGCACUUCGCACCUGAUGCAAAAGGCAGGCUUAAGAACGCUUGGAAAUUGAUGGGGUUGUGGCAGAAAAUUGAGCAGCCAAGGCGUGCCACUCCGUUAGAUCCCUCCUUGUUGCUCGCGUUUGCUGGGAUAUUUUGGAAGUGGAAAUGGGAGGAUUUGGCCUGUCUGACCGUGGUUGGAUUUGCUGGACUCCUGCGGACGGGUGAAAUGUUUGCCCUGCGAAGAUCAGAUGUGGUCUUGGCGCGCAAAGCAAACCAGCCUUCCAUCAUAUUUCUCUAUGACACAAAAACUGCAAAGCGCAAUCUCCUGACUGCAGAGAAGGUGCUGAUCUACGAACGGUGUGCUAAAGCAUGCCUCCAAUUUCUCUGCAAAAACAAAAAUGGCACACAACGCCUUGUGGAGACAGCGCCGGCAAAGUACCGUGCAGUGUGGAAGGAGAUCGUCGACCACUUAGGUCUGAAUUCAUUUCACUAUUUGCCAUACUCUCUUAGAAGAGGAGGAGCUACGUCCGCCUAUAAAGAAGGCAUGACUUUUGAACAGCUUCUCAUCAAAGGGAGGUGGCAGAAUGUUUCAACUGCUAGGUUGUAUUUGGACCAGGCUUUGCAGGAGUUGACUCAAAUCCAACUCCCUCCCACCGCUGUUGCUCGAGUCCGCGCAGCCAAGCUGUGCUUUAAGGCUGCCGGGCUGGGACGCGAUGGCUGUGUACAGCCUUUUGACAGGGGGCACCUUGGCCCGGGCACAAAAGUGCGCUUUGAAGGGACAAGAAGGGAUGGCUGUGUACAGCCUUUUGACAGGGGGCACCUUGGCCCGGGCACAAAAGUGCGCUUUGAAGGGACAAGAAGG